UGUACAUUCAUCUGCAGUUGGCACCAUUCCCAAUAUAGAUGGGGACUGGAAAUGACACCACUGUGGUAGAGUUUACUCUUUUGGGGUUAUCUGAGGAUACUACAGUUUGUGCUAUUUUAUUUCUUGUGUUUCUAGGAAUUUAUAUUGUCACCUUAAUGGGUAAUAUCAGCAUAAUUGUAUUGAUCAGAAGAAGUCAUCAUCUUCAUACACCCAUGUACAAUUUCCUCUGCCAUUUGGCCUUUGUAGACAUUGGGUACUCCUCGUCAGUCACACCUGUCAUGCUCAUGAGCUUCCUAAGGAAAGAAACCUCUCUCCCUGUUGCUGGUUGCGUGGCCCAGCUCUGUUCUGUAGUGACGUUUGGUACGGCCGAGUGCUUCCUGCUGGCUGCCAUGGCCUAUGAUCGCUAUGUGGCCAUCUGCUCGCCCCUGCUCUACUCUACCUGCAUGUCCCCUGGAGUCUGCAUCAUCUUAGUGGGCAUGUCCUACCUGGGUGGAUGUGUGAAUGCUUGGACAUUCAUUGGCUGCUUAUUAAGACUGUCCUUCUGUGGGCCAAAUAAAGUCAAUCACUUUUUCUGUGACUAUUCACCACUUUUGAAGCUUGCUUGUUCCCAUGAUUUUACUUUUGAAAUAAUUCCAGCUAUCUCUUCUGGAUCUAUCAUUGUGGCCACUGUGUGUGUCAUAGCCAUAUCCUACAUCUAUAUCCUCAUCACCAUCCUGAAGAUGCGCUCCACCAAGGGCCGCCACAAGGCCUUCUCCACCUGUACCUCCCACCUUACUGCAGUCACUCUGUUCUAUGGGACCAUUACCUUCAUUUAUGUGAUGCCCAAGUCCAGCUACUCAACUGACCAGAACAAGGUGGUGUCUGUGUUCUACACCGUGGUGAUUCCCAUGUUGAACCCCCUGAUCUACAGCCUCAGGAACAAGGAGAUUAAGGGGGCUCUGAAGAGAGAGCUUAGAAUAAAAAUAUUUUCUUGAUGAAACUAGUUAGUUUGAAGAAUUUGAUAUAUUAAUAUUCCAUAUAUAAUAAUAAUAAGGCACCGAGUGUUUGUGGUCAAAAUUUAUCUGUCCAUAGACCAUUACCCAGUGUGGAGCUUUUUAGUCAAUCAGGAGGGAAGAUUUUCAGAUAGAAUAGGAAAUUAGAAGUCCAUCUUGCUUUACCUUUAAUAAAAUUAAAUUAAAUUUAUAAUUGAGAAU